AAGUGAUUGGUAUAAAGAUCGGCGAAUCUGCUGCGCGUACGUACACAUCCUUCAUUGACACGUCAUUAGGAACUUCGAAGACGGAAACGCUCAACACGAAGGCUGAGGCUGCUGAUCUCUUCUCUUCAGAGAGCCCGGGGUGUUUAGGUUAAAAAUGGGGGGUUUCUUCUCCAGCUUGUUUUCGGGACUCUUCGGCACAAGAGAGAUGAGGAUUCUGAUCUUGGGUUUGGACGGUGCUGGAAAGACUACAAUCCUCUACAGGCUGCAAGUUGGAGAAGUUGUGACUACCAUCCCUACUAUUGGGUUCAACGUUGAAACUGUGACUUACAAGAACCUGAAGUUCCAAGUGUGGGAUCUUGGUGGACAGACGAGCAUCAGGCCAUACUGGCGCUGCUAUUACUCCAACACAGACGCUGUGAUCUACGUUGUGGACAGCAGUGACCGUGACAGGAUGGGUAUCUCAAAGUCUGAGCUGGUGGCUAUGCUGGAGGAGGAAGAACUGAAGAAAGCCAUCUUAGUUGUCUUUGCUAACAAACAGGACAUGGAGCAAGCCAUGACACCCACUGAGGUGGCCAACUCGCUGGGGUUACCUGCACUCAAGGACAGAAAGUGGCAGAUCUUCAAAACAUCGGCCACCAAAGGGACAGGCCUGGACGAGGCCAUGGAAUGGUUGGUGGAGUCUCUGAAGAGCCGACAGUAAUUGCACUUGCACCACUCCCUGUAAAUACUCUGUCUUGUUGAAAGACUUUGGUGCCCUUUGGACCUGUGACUGCAUUCCCCUUUUUUUCCCCCUUUAUGUGAAGGCAUUUUUCUUGUAUCCGCUACUUAAAAUGAAUGAAGCUGCAGUUACAGAAUAUUUGGGCACAGCCUGAAAACUGAACAUCCACUGGUUUGCAUUUCAUAUGGACUCUGCACACGAGCUCCAGGAAGCACAGCGGUCCUAUAGUCGUGGCAGUUCCUCCAUACUGACGCCAGUUAGACCUGUUCUUCCUGUAAGACAAUAUCCACUACAUUGGAGUAUCCUAAUCGUAGAGCCUUUCCCCCUUUAAGCUUGGUACCAGAUGGUUGGCAGUCUCUGAUUCUUCUUCUUUUUCCUUUGCUUCUUUUUCAAACACUUAUUCAUUGGUAUCUAAACACAUUUUGGGUAUUUUAGUGGGUUGUUUAUUUAAAACUAAUCGUUGUUUGUAUGCAGUGGAUUUGUCAUUGCGUAUUUAUAUACAAGCAUGUACAGUGAAAAAUUGUUUGUGUUAACACUGAAAUAAAUUUGGCUUCAAUAGUUUGUUUUAA